CCCGCCCCUUCCGCGACGCCCCUGCCCCUCUGUCGCCCUUGUCGCCCGCCCCCCUGGCCGGCGGUGGCGGUGGCCGGGCUGAGCCCCCGGUGCCUUAGCGCAAUCGGUACUAGGCGGUCUUUACUCUGUAACUUCGGACUGCAGUUUCUCUGCUGUUUUCUUAGUUCUGUAAUUUUUACACCACUACAGGUUUUUUUAUGCCUCUUUUUGCUUUUCCUGAGGAUCAGAACUGCUUGGAUUCGUUCUGCACCCCUUUUCUAUAGUGUCACGUCCUCAGUGCUAGUAGCUUCACAUGAACAUUUACUCUUUUAUAUGUGUCUGUGAUGUGACAGGGUAGGUUGCUCUUUUCGUUAGCACCUCGUAUCUUUUUGUAGAGAAGCCUUACUUGAAUAAGGAGAUGAGAACAAAAGUUGUGGUUUAAAGGAUGUGUGGAACUCUCCAGUCCAAACUCAUCCUCACAAGUGGACAUCUUGCUAUUGGGUGGGUUUUCUUGCUGUGUUAUCCCAUCUAGUUUUUCAUGUCUUUAUUCCCUGUCAUACUUCAUAGUACUUCAUAAUACAUUCUUCUGCUUUGAAGCUCUCUGUUGAAUUCCCUUAUAGUUUUAUAUUUUUUAACAUGAAAAAAUGCUCAUCAAACAGAAGCUGUCCUAAAUCUUUGUUUAUCCUGCUGGCCACCUCUGAAACUCUUCCUGGUGUCCUGUCUUCUCACUGUCUUGAGAAGGGGAGGACCUACAAUAAAUAUUCAACGUGUUGGUGAACCUUCUGUUUCCACUAAGCUCGAUGAAAUGAAGUUUUUUUCUGUGGUUUCACAGUCUUACCCUUUUGAUUGGCACAAGAAUGGAGCUGAUACAUUGAUGUCACUGUCUUCCCUCUGCCAAAUGCAUCAUUUCAGAGUCAGUCAUUGUCUCUGUUGAAGCUGCGUUUUUUCCUUCACUUGCUCAGUUUUGCAGUGUGCUGUAUGGAAAGUCUUUUGCCAUUUUCCCACCUAGUUCUUCGAGGUCAUCAACUCUUUCUGCAUUUAGUCCCACAGACCUCUAUUUGAACUCUGCUAGGUAGGGUAAUGUCUCCUGUAGCCUUUGUUACAUCACUCUCCAUUACUUUUUUUGUGAUGUUUUAAUGAGUUAUUAAAUGGUGUGGCUCCUGGCAAAGAUCUCUGACCGACUGCAGUGUUGACCUUAUGAUGUUGCUGAUAUUAUCAGGUUUAGUUUUCGUGCCAUCUGUGUAGUUAAUCACAACUCUAAGUGCCUCUUUCACCCUUUUUUCAUUUUGUAUCGACUGUCUUCAGUUUUGUGCGUUUUCCUAUCUUGCACGAAGGACAGUUGUAGUGAACUCUUUGCUUUUGCCUGCUGUGAAGUGCUGGUUUCCAUUCUUUCCUUAAUCAGAAGUCUGUCCUUCUUUUUUAUAUUCCUUUGAAAGGGAGAUCCUGCAAGGUCUCACAGUUGGUACUCCAUGUUCUUCUCUCUUCACCUGGUGUGGUAUAUAUUUUUUUUUUUGUUUGUGAAGUUCUACAGAAUUACUAUGGACAUGGAAAAGAUAGUAGAAGCAUUUCAUGUUGCCUCGUUCUGAGUAUGAUGUAAAUGUAGUUUCUAACACAAAGUACUUAACAGCAGAAGAGCAUGAACCAAGGUAGGUGUGAAAAUCGUGCAGCCAUAGUGCUAUAUUAGGCAAGAUGUGUUGCUAGAGGACUUCUUUUUAGUGGGCGAAUAUAUUUGUAGAGGCACCUCACCUACAAUUCCUGACUCUGCUACUUCUAUGUACCUUGCAGUGGUAGGCUUUGCAUUUCUUUCUUUUUCUCCACACCCCUCCCCCACCCCUUCCUGAGAGUGCUUUUUAAAAUAAACUGUUACUUUGUGUCUCAUGUUGUAUAUGCUUUAUGAUGCUCAUGUGACUAUGAACUGGGAUGACACCUGAAACUCCUGAGUCCCCUGUGGAUAGCGUGGCUUAGCUUGCCUUUCUCAGGAGAUAUAUCAGUAACUGUGAGCAAGUGUCAUGCAACCAAAUAGUGUUGACUAUUUGAUUUCAGACUUUUUUGGACCUUGCGAUCACUGUGGUUCACCAUCUUACAGUCACUUAAGAUGAGGUUUACCUCGAGAGAAUGCUGUGAGGUUUCAGGUGCAAUUUCUGUUUCCAUCUUCAUAGAAUUUGAAAGAGAAAUGCUGGCAAUACAGGAGGGAACUGAGAGGCUGGACAAAAACUAUUUGUUUUUCCAGCCCUGCUUCCCUGACAUGGUGAAUAGUGAUCCUUGAGCUUGGCCCUGACAACGGAGACCUGGAAAUAAAUCAAGACAACUGUUAAAAUAGCAUCAUGUGUGAUUAAAGAUGACCUGUCAACAGACCUACCUAGAUUUUUUUAGCAUUUGGUAUCUUAAUUUUGUUUUGACAUCCUGUUGCCUCAUUGAUGCUUCUGUGGUAGAACCAGCAACUCGCUACUGUGUGAAAUCAUCUGGUUUGUGUUGCUGCCUGGCCUGCAUGACAGGGUAACAGCAAGUGCCUGUAGUUGUGUAGAGAAGGGUCCCUGAUCUGUUUAUGUCAGUGGAUGGAGGUGGAGCCUGGGAACAUGUAAGACUGUACCUUGCCAGAGCAGUGGCGCAACACUUUUGUUUUGGCUUCAGUUAUAUCAUGGGUGGAUGACUGUACUGUAUCCUGCAGUGACUCAUCUCCAUCAGUAGUGGGAACAUUGUUUUGCUGUCCUGUGAGUGCCUACCUGCCCCAAAAGGUAAGAAAGAACAUGUCAUUCAUUGUGCAGGUAUGAGUGAGGAAUAAAACAUACUAGAAAUACUUUACCAAGACACAAAAAGACUACUAGAGUGUGCAGGUUCCCUGAGCUAUUUCACCCUUCAGAGAGGAUUUGUGCCAUGUGAAUUAUGUUUAGACUGACACGUAGAGUUAGGGAGUCACUGAUGAAUUGAAAAUCUUUGGAAUUUGUAUGCAUUGAUGGUUUCUCAGGUUGGACCUGUACUUCAAAAGGCAAAACCAUUCUGGCCUCGCUCUAUUAUUUACUUUAUCAAACCCAAGGAGAAUGUGUGUGAUUGCUCAGCAACAUCACUGUGACAAAGUAAUGAAAAAGUAGGAAAUUUAGCAAAUUGCUGCACUAGGCACAAGAAAUUCCGUGUGAAUCUAUGUCUUCUGGAGACCCGAGUACUUUCCAUGGAUGGAAGAUCAAAUGAUCUCUAGCGAAUCUCAAGAUCAUCUCUAGUGAAAGCAUCUGAACUCUCUUUGCAAAGAAAGAAAUAAAUUAAGAAACUGAGUUAUUGCCUUCUCAUCAACGUGUAAGGAAGAGGAAGUCAGAAGAUCGGAAGUGGGGCAGGCUUUUUUUGGUGAAGACCUUGCCCAGGUGUGAUUCCUGGGUUAAUGUAGGUAUUUGGAAACGUUUUGGGAAAUACAUAUUUACUAAAGUGCCUUUAUGAGAGAGAAGGAAGAAGAGAAAAGUGAAGCGAAAGGAGAGAGAAGAGAGAGAAAAGCAAAGCAGAAGGGAGAGGAAAGAAAAGAAGGAGAGAGAGAUAAGAGAUAUAAAAGCGAAACGAGAAGGGAAAGGAGAGAAGAGAGAAAAGGAAGAGGACACAGAAGACAGAGAUAAGCAAAGCGAGAUGGGAGAAAAGGGUGAAAAACGAAGCGAGGCACAGACAGGAGAGAAAAGAGAGAAGAGAGAGGAAAAAAACGGCGAGAGAAGAGAAGGGCCUACCACCGUUUCCGACGAAGGGGACUAUUUUGAAGGGGAAUGGCGGAGCCUGUCAUUCGAGCGGGCGGAGCCCCGGCCCGGCUUUCCAGCCGCGGAGCGCCGCUGCGGGCCGAGCUCGGACACCAGAUGUCGCUGUUGGCUGCGAGUCGGCGGGAGGGCGGCAGCUCCGCCCCGAGCUGCUGUGACAGCUGCCGUUAGCGGGAGGCACGGUGCGGCAGGCUGCCCGGCCCGGUGCGGCGGAGAGCGGCUGCAGCGCCCCGCGCCUGCCGGGGAGGCCUUAAGGCGUGCAGCCGGGCGGCGGCGGGCAGCAGCGGGGCUCGUGCGGGAAGGGCGGCGGGCGCGAUGGGCGUGUGGUGGGCGCCCGCGGUGCGGGUGCUGGUGCUGCAGGCGGCCUGGGCGCUGGGCGGCGGGCAGGUGCGCUACUCGGUGCCAGAGGAAGCCAAGGCCGGGACGGUGGUGGGCCGCCUGGCGCAGGACCUGGGCCUGGAGGCGGGCGAGGCGGAGGCGCGGCGGCUGCGGCUGGUGGCGCAGGGCCGGCGGGCGAGCGUGGAGGUGAGCGGGGCGAGCGGGGCGCUGGUGGUGAGCUCGCGGCUGGACCGGGAGGAGCUGUGCGGGAAGAGCGCGCCGUGCGCCCUGCGCCUGGAGGUGCUGGUGGAGCGGCCGCUGCGCGUCUUCCACGUGGAGCUGGAGGUCACCGACAUCAACGACAACGCCCCGCUCUUCCCUGUCAACGAAGAAGCCCUUAACAUCGCGGAAUCUUCGGUGCCGGGGUCCCGGUUCCCGCUGGAGGGCGCGUCGGAUGCAGAUACCGGAGCCAACGCGCAGCUCUCCUAUGCGCUCAGCCCCACCGAGCACUUCUCUCUUGAACAUCAGGGGAAUAAGGACCAGAGCGCGUCUCUGGCUCUUGUUUUAACGAAACCGCUGGACCGCGAGUCGGUGGCUGUGCACCGUCUGGUGCUGACGGCGAGUGAUGGGGGCCGGCCGCCGCUGACGGGCACGGUGGAGCUGGUGAUUUCGGUGCUGGACGUGAACGACAACGCGCCCCAGUUCAACCAGUCGGUAUAUAAAGUGGAAGUCUUAGAGGGUUCAGAACCUGGUUCUGUGUUACUCACACUCAGUGCCACGGAUUUGGACGAAGGGUUCAAUAGUAAUAUUAUGUAUUUAUUUGGUAGGCACGUCACGACAAAAGUUAAAGAAAUGCUCACUAUCGACGAAAACAGAGGAGAAAUCAGACUUCGAGGAAAAUUAGACUACGAAGAAAUGGAUAGUUACGAGAUAACGGUAGAAGCGAGAGACAAAGGCUCCCCCCCGCUGUCGGGUCACUGCAAGGUGGUGGUGGAGGUGCUGGACGUGAACGACAACGCGCCGGAGGUGUGGGUGACGUCGCUGUCGGUGCCGGUGCCGGAGGACGCGGCGGUGGGGACGGUGGUGGCGCUGCUGAGCGUGUCGGACCGGGACUCGGGGGCGAACGGUCGCGUGCGGUGCGCGGUGUGGCCGGCGUCGCCGUUCGGGCUGGUGGCGACGUUCGCGGGCUCGUACUCGCUGGUGCUGCGGGAGGCGCUGGACCGCGAGCGGGUGGCGGAGUACGAGGUGGAGGUGCGGGCGGAGGACGGCGGGGCGCCGCCGCUGCGCGCCAGCCGCGGGGUGCGCGUGCCGGUGUCGGACGUGAACGACAACGCGCCGGCGUUCGCGCAGGCCGUGUACACGGUGCUGGCGCGGGAGAACAACGCGGCGGGCGCGGAGCUGGCGCGGCUGUGGGCGCGGGACCCGGACGAGGCGGGCAACGGGCGCGUGAGCUACUCGGUGGCGGAGGGCGGCGGCGGCGCGGUGUCGGGCGGGGUGUGGCGGUCGGCGUCGAGCUACGUGUCGGUGGACGCGGAGAGCGGUCGGCUGUGGGCGCUGCAGCCGCUGGACUACGAGGAGCUGCAGGUGCUGCAGUUCGAGGUGCGGGCGGUGGACGCGGGGGAGCCGCCGCUGUGCGGCAACGCGACGGUGCAGCUCUUCGUGGUGGACGAGAACGACAACGCGCCGGCGCUGCUGCCUCCUGCCGGCGGCGGGCCGGGCCCCGGGGCCGCGGGCGAGGCGGCGUCGGGGCCGGGCUCGGGGGCGCUGUGGGCGUGGGCGGCGUGGGGGGCGCCGGCGGGGCAGGUGGUGGCGAAGAUCCGCGCGGUGGACGCGGACUCGGGCUACAACGCGUGGCUGCGCUACGAGCUGUGGGAGCCGCGGGGGAAGGGCCCGUUCCGCGUGGGGCUGUACAGCGGCGAGGUGAGCACGGCGCGGGCGCUGGAGGAGGCGGACGGCCCGCGGCAGCGGCUGGUCGUCGUGGUGCGGGACCACGGGGAGCCGGCGCGCUCGGUCACGGCCACGCUGAGCGUGUCGCUGGUGGAGGGCGCCGAGGCGGCGCUGGCGGCCGCGGGCUCGUCGGGGCCGGGGCUGCGUGCGGCGGCGGGCGCGGAGGGCGACGCGGCGGCGGCGGCGGCGGCGUCGGCGAACGUGUGGCUGGUGGUGGCCAUCUGCGCGGUGUCGAGCCUGUUCCUGCUGGCCGUGGUGCUGUACGGGGCGUCGCGGUGGGCGCCGCGGGCGGCCGUGCUGUCGGGGCCCGGGCCGGCGACGCUGGUGUGCGCCAGCGAGGUGGGGAGCUGGUCGUACUCGCAGCGCCAGAGCCGGAGCCUGUGCGUGACGGACGGCGCGGGCAAGAGCGACCUGAUGGUUUUCAGCCCCAACUUCCCGCCGCCGCCCGGCCCCGCAUCAGAAAGCGGUUGUGCCGGGAAGGAGCCGUCUGUCUCCCUAUUUGCUUCUGGCAUGAACCUGAGGCGGGAGAGGUGUCCCCCCCAGUGGGAGCUGGUGUGAACAGCAACAGCUGGACCUUUAAAUUUGGACCGGGCAAUCCCAAACAAGGUGGUCCUGGUGAGUUGCCAGACAAAUUCAUUAUCCCAGGAUCUCCUGCAAUCAUCUCCAUCCGGCAGGAGCCACCAAACAGCCAAAUUGACAAAAGUGACUUCAUAACCUUUGGCAAGAAGGAAGAGACCAAGAAAAAGAAGAAAAAGAAGAAGGGAAACAAGACUCAGGAGAAAAAAGAAAAGGGCAACAGCACCACUGAGAACAGUGACCAGUGAGGGGUUUAUACUGAAAGAAGCCACUUAGCCAGUUUUUGUAAUAAUGGCAGAUUUCUCCUAUGUAGCAACUCCCAACUUCUUCCUACUGUUAACAAAUUUCCUGUAUGUACAGACUUGACAAAAUCUGCAGGAAAUUCACAGUGUCUGUCUAAAUUGCUUAACAGGUUUUGUCUUAAAAGCUUUAUUAAGUCUGGUGUUAACUCUUUUUCUCCACUCUGGCUUGUUUUCAGAAUCUAAAAAGCAGACACAAGUUUCCUUUCUCCUACGCCGAAAAGGAGAAUCUUCACAGUACAGCCAGUGAGAGGUUGGACUCUGCACUGUGGUUCCUGUGCUCCUGUCUUGAUGACACUUACAGGACAGGUUUAAAAGUUUUAAUGUUGUGCACCCUCUAUCUGAUUGGAAAUAUUUGUGUGCAGGUGUCAGCUAGGUGAUACAAGAUCAGAUUAUAAACUGCAAGAAGAGCUGGUAAAUACGCAACAGGAGAAACACCUAAUGAAUAUAAAUGUUCAGAGAUGUUCAGGCUGGGGAGGAAAUGUCUGAAAGGAGAUGACCAGACUUUUCAAAUCUUGAGAAGUCACUGCGUGGAAACAUAUGCCCUGUAUAUGAUGUGUUGUACACACUCCUGCAAAUAAAACCUCACAUUUACAGCUCUUUAAGAUACCAUAAAUUUUAUCUCUUACCAAGCAAGCCAUUGGGAAAAUUGUCCCUUAAAGCCCUGCAUUACCCUGGCAAGGCUAGCCCUCAGAGUGUAAGAAGGGCUGGGCUGACAUUCCAGGAAUGUAACUGACUGUGAUGCUCUGUGUCACUAUUUCCACUCUAACAUUAUUUUGCACAUUAUAUCUCUGAAAAGGUCAGAGUUUUUCCACGACACUUAUGCAAAAGAGAGAAAAAAGAAACAUUAACUAUGCUAUUUGUUAUUUGAGAUAUUUAUUUAUAAAGAAAUAUAGCUGUAAAUGUUAAAGAAAUAUGAUGCCCUUUAACCCAAACAGAAGUCAAUCUAGAGCCAUUAUAAAUUACAAUUGCUGCUAUUAAAGUGCUUUAGAAAAAUUGCCUGAAACAUCUGUAUUAUAUCGGCCACUUGCCAAUAACAGCUUUAUUCUGUCGGGUGACUUGGGGGCUGCCUCUUGCAUGUAUUAAUAAGUACAAGAAUAUCUUCUCUUUUUUUUGCAUUACUCUGCACUUUGGAUACACCUUUGCAAACAAACUGUCCUAAUAUGAAGAAGCAGAAGCAAACUCCUCACAGAAAUGGAUUUACUAACCUGCUAGCUCUGUGCAGUACCUUGGUGUUACCUCCCACACCUUUUCUGAUUUUAGUUUUACUUUUCUAUGAGAUUAUGAAUUUCUGACCCUACUAACACUAAUUAUGUAAAAUUCAAGUACUGUAUGUAUGCUGUAUGCUCUUAUAAGAAUCCUGAAAUAUUUAUUCUGUGCUUGUGUAUGUGAAUGUCAAUGCAGCUAUUAUUAGAGUGGACAUUAAGCUUUACUGUUGAAUGUAAAUUCAUUAUUUCUUUUUUGUACACUUGUGAAAAAGUGGAGUAGUGUUAAUUUUUUAAGCCACCGUUGAUUAUCAGUUUUUUGUGUAUGAAACACAAGUAAAAUAUCUUUCUUAAACCAA